CUGGGAGGAGGCAGGAAGGAAUUAAAAACCUGGGGCGGGGGGGCGGACGGAGGAAGGUAUAGGCGGAGGCUCGCACGCAGGUGAAGCUCUCCCUCCUGCUCGCAGCGCAGAGGAGCCAAGAGGUCAGAGGCUGGACCGUGGUCCGGGGUGCCGGUGGGCAGAACAAAGAGACCCCAGAACAGCACAGGCAGCCUGAGGUAAGUCCUGAGGUCCACGUAUUCAUUCAACAAACACUCGUUGACGCACGGGGAGUGAUGGCAGCGGGAUUGAUACCCAGGAGUGGGGCACUGGAGUCUGUACCUCUCUGGGGAACCACCAGGCCGGCCAGGAUGAGAUGUUCUCGGCCCCGCAGCACAGAGGCGGCCCUGCCUGUAGCUCUGAGCAUCGUCACCCUCUUCUUCUUCAGUCUGUACAUGUCAUCGCCCGCCUUCCAGAGCCUGAAGGAGCCCCAGGACAACCCCGUGGCCCUGACCUGGCCCUCUCUACCCUCUCGGCCCGCCCCGCGCCCCCCGCCCGCCCCCUGCAGGGCCAACGCCUCCGUGGCCACCCUGCCCAACUUCAAGGGGCAGCCACAGCAGGUGCGUGACUUCCUGCUGUACAAGCACUGCCGUGACUUCCCGCUGCUGCAGGACGUGCCCCUGGGCAAGUGCGCGCCGCCCGUCUUCCUGCUGCUGGUGAUCAAAUCCUCGCCCAGGAAUUACGAGCGGCGGGAGCUGGUGCGGCGCACUUGGGGCCGCGAGCGCCAGGUGCGGGGUGCCCCGCUGCGCCGCCUCUUCCUGGUGGGCACGGCCCCUAACCCCCUGGAGGCUCGCAAGGUCAACCGGCUGCUGGCGCUGGAGGCACAGGCGCACGGCGACAUCCUGCAGUGGGACUUCCAUGACUCCUUCUUCAACCUCACGCUCAAACAGGUGCUCUUCCUAAAGUGGCAGGAGACUCGGUGCACCAAUGCCAGCUUUGUGCUCAAUGGGGAUGAUGACGUCUUCGCACACACAGACAACAUGGUCUCCUACCUGCGGGACCAUAAUCCCGACCGCCACCUCUUUGUGGGGCAACUGAUCCACAGUGUGGGCCCCAUCCGGGUUCCCUGGAGCAAGUACUAUGUGCCAACAGUGGUGACACAGGAGGAGCAGUACCCUCCCUACUGUGGGGGGGGUGGCUUCCUGCUGUCCCGCUUCACGGCCACUGCCCUGCGCCGGGCCGCCUCCACACUGGACCUCUUCCCUAUCGAUGAUGUCUUCCUGGGCAUGUGCCUGAAGCAGGAAGGUCUGAAGCCCGCCUCACACGGCGGUAUCCGCACAGCUGGCAUUGGGGCUCCCUCGGCCCGCGUAUCCUCCUUUGACCCCUGCUUCUACCGGGAGCUGCUGCUGGUCCAUCGCUUCUUGCCAUACGAGAUGCUACUCAUGUGGGACGCCCUGAGCCGACCCAACCUCACCUGUGGCCAGCAGAUGCAGGUCUACUGAGGUGGGAUCAGGGCCCGCAGCCUCUAGGCUCUGGUCUCCACCCCCACUGGAAGGGGCUGCAUCUUCCUCCCGGAAAGCAGAAAGCUCUGUUCUCCCAAGUGGGCUGGGCACAGCGGAGCGCCAGGGCGGGUUUGAUGAGCGACUAGUCUAGCUGGCAAACUCCUAGACGUCCUGCAAAACCCACCCGGUCCUCGAACCCAUGUUCCGUCAUCCUCCCUAGCCUCUCAGCUGAAGGGGGACAAUCUCUUCCCAGGGCAGCCAACUGCAGAAGCACUUCUGAGUCAAGGUCCCGUUUCCCAGCUCCGACCUUGAUCAUGGGACGGACCUUCCAUGGUGGCCAAGCCCUCCUUGGUAGUAAAGCCACAGUGGUUUAAUGGUAGGUGAGUUCCAGCCAUGGUUCAAGGUCCGUUGGGAACCCUAGGUCCACGUGCAGCUGAAGUGAGAAGUAUUUGGCUGGCUGGGAAGGGGUUUUGUUCCCUCCCUCUGC